UAACCCAAGGUGAAGGUCGAAAGAAAAUAAACUUAUUGUUUAUCCGGAAUCUCCUAUUUAUUGUGAAGAAACAACAUGUUGAGGUCGUUGGUUGGUAUAACAAGACAGGUGUAUACGUGUGUGGUUCGACCAAGUUUAGCUUCAGUAAACCACCAAGCUGUAAGUUACUUCCAUGAAAGUGAAGAAGACCGAGUUACACUGGGGGACAAUCAGCAUGACAAGAAAAACUGGAGGAAGCAUUACCCCAGUGACCUGACACUUAAAAUGAAAAUUGAUGGGACACCUUAUGAUGAGCUACCUGUAGUCAACAUCAAAUCUUCAAAAAACAAUGUCAUUAUAUCCCUCUGCAAAGCCUCAGGUGAUAUUAUAUACUCUUCCUCUGGGGGAAUCCUUGGGUUCAGGAACACAAAGGGCAAAACAAACCUUUGUGCGCAGACUGUUGGAUCCCACAUAGGGGAGAAAGCCGUCGACUUAGGUUUAAAGAAUCUGAGGGUUAAGUUGAAUGGGAUUGAUGGCAAAAGAUCAUCGGCCUUGUUGGGUUUACGUACUUCAGGAGUACGAGUUGUAUCCAUCACUGACGUCACUAAGAUACCACAUAAUGGGUGCCGACCUCGGAAACGACCCAGGAAGUAAAUGUAAACACUCGAGAUAUGAAGACUGGAAUGAUUCUGUAAGCAGUACAUCUACCAUUUUCCAAUAACCCAGUUUUGUAACAAGUCAUGUGACAGUCUAACUAUUGUAUUUCUUGUGAUUUUAUUUUGAUCCUCAAAUUCAGAUCUGUCAAAAUUUCAGAUGAAUUGUCAUGUAAAAGAUCAUCGUACUGAAUAAUAAAUGUUUCAUACAACCAA